CUUCUUCCGCAAAUUCUUAUUAACCCUUUCCAUACAUCCUACAGUUUGAGGCGUUAUAUGUCGCCGCGAUGCCACCACGUCUACUUAUUCCGUCAGCGUCAGCGGCAGCGGCAGCAUCUGCCGUGACUAGAUCGACUCUACCGUUGAACGUGAACCAAUUGAUCUCCUUGUUACGCUCGCAGACUAAGGCUAAUUUUUCAACAACCUCAAAUCGUACUCACUUCAGUAAGGGACGCCGGUUAUUCAGGCAAUGGAUAAAAGGUUUCGGGGCUACCUUCCGGAAACAUGUUCCUGGGGAUACCAAUUAUCUCCGAAGGAAUGAUUUUGAUUCAAAGUCUGACAAACCAUUUCCGAUCAAUCCCCAGUUCAGAAGUGAGCCUGUCUUAGAUGAUCACGCCAGGGAAUUGAUCUGGGAAAAGGUAAUGCGAAAUGGCGAGGCCAUCAAGGCAGUAUCUGCUGAACUGGGUGUUGAUAUUAGAAGAGUGGCUGCGAUUGUGAGGUUAAAAGAAGUCGAAAAAGACUGGUUAGCCAAAGGGCAAAUUUUAGCGAAACCAUAUGCGAAGGCUAUAUUGGCUAUGCUUCCUACCCACACAUUCAAGGCCGAUCAGCGGAACGAACCCUUCGAACCCAUUAAUGAACUUCAUGUACAUCCGUACACAAUGAAGCAGAUCUUCUGGCCAACAUCUGAGUCGCGACACUUCACUCGUGCCGAUGCCGCCAAGGCCUUUCAUCCCAAGAUGCUAUCGGCAGAUGAGCGAGUCCCUCACCCAGAAUUAAUUCAGAUGGAGAAAGAGGUGUUGGAAGGUCACUCACUUUGGGACGCUUCAGAGAGAUUUAAGCAGGCUGUGAUGGAAUCGGAGAGAAGGGCAGCCCAGAAAGAAAUUGAAAAGGCGAGUAUAGAAGAGAAGUAUACCACCCGAGUACACACGAAGCGUUUUGAAUAUCGCUUCAAACAGAUCAAUUCGGAGAAUGUCGGUUCCAAGGGCCGGGCUCGGAAUGCGGUUGGUUGGAGGUAUGGUGCACCGCACUACGACCGUUCCAAGGGUGAAAUCAAGAUUCCCACCUCAGUACCUUAACACUAAGCGAGUCUAUUAUGUGAGAAUCUGUACAAAAUCUGUACGAACAUAUUCAAACAAACAUGGGGACGGGCAACCCUCGAAACAUCUAAC